AGGCCCAUUCCGAGCCCCCCAUCUGCCCACCGUCUUCUACGAACCAAUGCCUUCUCCAACGAGGUUUCUUCAGUCCUCCGGCCACUUAGCAGCGGCGGAUCCACCGGGACCGCUGGCCGUUGACUCGGACGUGGUGGUGAUCCUGGCGGCGCUGCUUUGCGCCCUAAUCUGCGUCGUGGGCCUCGCCCUCGUCGCGCGCUGCGCCUGGCUCCGUCGCUCCUCCCCCUCCGCCCAGCCUUUGCCGCCGACCAAGGGGCUCAAGAAGAAGGCCCUCCGCUCUCUCCCGACGCUCUCCUUCGACGGUUCCACCGCCUCCGCCGCCGCCGCUGCCGGCGGGAAGCUGGCGGAGUGCCCGAUCUGCCUUGCCGAGUUCGCCGCCGGCGACGAGAUCCGGAUCCUCCCGCACUGCGGCCACGGGUUUCACGUCGCGUGCGUGGACACGUGGCUCGCGUCCCACUCGUCCUGCCCCUCCUGCCGCCAGAUUCUCGUCGUCCCCACCCCGUCCCGAUGCCCGAGGUGCGGUGCCACCUCCGCCGCCUCCACCGCUGCGGCAGAGGGCGGGGCCAAGGCCGGGGAGAACGGCGAGUUCUUGCCCUGAAGUAGCUCCCUCUCUGUAUUCCGUUUCUCUUGUGGAAAAAAAAAAUAAAAAUAUGUUUUUUUCCCAAAAAAAUGGUCCUUUUACAGUUGAAUUAGGGCUUGAUGUUUGUAUAUUCUGUUUGUAAGUAAAAAAUAAAAAUAAUGAGUGAAAUUUUUAGAAAAA